CCCAAGAAACCAAAACCCUCGUUUCCCGACAAAAAGCCCAAAUAUGGAUUCCCGAAAGCUUUCUGCUUUACUCUCUUCUCUCGUCUCCCAGUUGUUGCUCUUACUCCUCCUCUUCGAUUCCAAUUUCCACGAUUUCAGUUCAAAUUACAAUGGAAAUCUCUUCUCUAUCAUCAAUCAUCUUCUCUCCAGUCAAGAAAUCGCCGCUUCUCUUUCUCUCGUCUCCGUUUCCAGGAAACGGAAGAGAACCCACUUGGCAGAACCUGCAUCCGAACCCGUUGAGGAGGAAAGUGGUUCCGGAAUCGGACCUGAAUUCGCCCUGACUCGGAGUCCUGACUCGUUUAAGAACUGCUUCAAAAUGUCCUCUUCUACCUUCGAAUGGCUCUCGGGCUUGCUCGAGCCGUUGCUGGACUGCCGUGACCCAGUCGGUUCGCCGCUGAAUCUUUCGGCAGAGAUUCGGCUGGGUAUUGGUCUCUUCAGGUUAGCUACUGGAUCGAGUUACCCUGAAAUUGCAAAGAGAUUUGGGGUUUCUGAGUCCGUGACUCGGUUCUGUUCUAGGCAAUUAUGUCGUGUUCUUUGCACCAAUUUUCGAUUCUGGGUCGCGUUCCCUGGUUCAGAUGAGCUCAAAUCGGUAUCUGCCUCUUUUGAAGAACUUGGUGGGUUACCAAAUUGCUGUGGUGCUAUUGAUUGUACUAGGUUCAAUAUUGUUAAAGAAAGCAAUGGGUGUGAAUUGACUCAAUUAGGGAAGCUGAAGGAAGAUAGCAUUGCAACCCAGAUUGUUGUAGAUUCAUCAUCCAGAAUUUUGAGCAUUGUUGCUGGUUUUCGUGGUGAUAAGAGCAAUUCAAGGAUCCUAAAGUGUUCAACAUUAUAUAAAGAUGUUGAGGGAGGGAUGUUAUUGAAUUCGAGUCUAGUAGGUGUGAAUGGAGUGCCUAGAGGGGAGUACUUGGUUGGUGAUGGAGGCUAUCCUUUGCUUCCUUGGCUAAUGGUGCCUUUUGUUGAUGCAGUGCCAGGGUCAAAUGAGGAGAAAUUCAAUAGGAUGUUGGGUCUAAUGCAUGUUCCGGUUUUGAGAACCAUUAGUAGUUUGAAGAGUUGGGGUGUUUUGAAUAAACCAAUAGAGGAAGAAUUGAAGACUGCUGUUGCUAUUAUCGGAGCAUGUUCGAUUCUGCAUAACGUUUUGCUUAUGAGGGAUGAUGAUUCUGCAUCGUGCGGAGGGGUGGGAGAAUAUUCAGUGCCGGACAAUAGCUCAAAGCAUCACGGGGAUACUAGUUUGGAGGAAAUUUCAAUUCAAGAAAAGGCUUUAGUUAUUCGAAAUGCAUUGGCUACAAUGGUUAGUAAAACCCAGGUGUAAAGUUAGGAGGGGAUUUCAGCAGUUUGCUUCAACUACACAGCUCAACCACACGGGUCUAAACAUAGGCAGAUUGGCUGACCUUCAUGAUUCAACAUUUGAGAAUAGGUAAUUGGGGAUUCUUUUAUCUCUUGUUAAUAAUGAUCCAUUGAAUUGAAAAUUUUUUUUCUUGAAUUGUUGCCUUGAGUCACUGAGAAAGCCCUCUUUUCUUACCCUCUCUAUCAAUUAAUUUGUAUCAACCAACAAGAUCUAACCUCUUCUUUAGAUAUUGAAGCACAUCAUAACGAUUCUUCUAUCUGAUAAUGUAGGUUGAUAUCUGUCAGAUGCUAUAUAUUUGCUAUACAUUUUGAGUCCUUUGUAAUGCAACAUAUUAUCUUAGCUAGCUUUCUAUUAAUAAGUCAAAUGGAUGACA